UUGAGAUUCUCCAUCCGUCAGUGUUGGCCAGUCCGGCUAUCUCUCGUUUAAUUGUUUGAUAAUAUUUCAAACAAUCAUUAAGUUUAUCAAAAUCAUAUUGCACAAAUAGCGUAACCUGGUAUAGCCCGUAAGAUACAGACAAUGGGAGUUGAGAAAAACGGGAGUAAAUACGAGGCGUCCGUGGACACCGGCGAAGACGAGAGAGGCUCGAAUUUCUAUGUGUACUACCUGACGUGUUUCGCCACGAUCGGCGGUCUGCUGUUCGGAUAUGACACGGGCAUCAUCUCAGGGUCCAUGCUUCUCAUUGGCGAUAACUGGAACUUGACCACGAUAUGGAAAGAGUUGAUUGUCAGCGCCACUGUGGGAGCCGCCGCCAUCUUCGCGCUCAUCGCCGGCUACCUCACGGACUGGAUCGGUCGGAAGAAGGUAGUCAUGUUCGCUAGCGUCAUCUUCACCGGCGGGGCCGUCAUCAUGGGCGCUUCCGUUAACAAGGAGAUGCUCCUCGUCGGCCGUCUUGUUGUCGGUGCUGGUAUAGGUUUUGCAUCCAUGUCAAUCCCUGUAUACGUGGCAGAGGCGGCUCCCCCGGAGAUCCGUGGGCGGCUCGUCACCAUUAACCAGCUGUUCAUCACCAUCGGUAUCGUCAUUUCCAGCAUCGUCGCUGGUCUCUUCUCUGUCAACAAGGAGAACGGCUGGAGAUGGAUGUUGGGUCUUGCCGGAGUGCCCAGUGUCAUCCAAUUUAUCGGUUUCUUCGGCCUGCCGGAAAGCCCCCGUUGGCUGAUGGAGAAAGGACGGGUGGACGAUGCGCGGCGGGCACUACAGCAAAUCCGCAAGGUGAACGGUGUGGACAACGAGCUGCAAGAGAUACAAUCCGCCAUCGAUGAAAAUAAGAAAUUCGCAACUAGCGAUGGGGUGCUGAUGCGGAUGUUACAGACGCAGCCCGUGCGACGGGCGCUGUUCCUUGGUUGUGGCAUGCAGCUCUUCCAGCAGCUAUGCGGCAUCAACACUGUCAUAUACUACAGCGCCUCCAUUUUGAAGCUGGCUGGUUUCCCUGUGGAGCUGGCCAUCUGGCUGGUGUGUGUCCCUAACACAGUCAACUGCCUGUGCACAUUACUCGGCAUCUGGCUCGUGGAACGCUCCGGUCGCCGCUGGCUCACAAUAUUAAGCAUGAUCGGCGUGAUGAUCGGUCUUGCGGUGUUGGCCAUUGGUUUCCAGCUGUCCAUCGUAUACACACCGGAACUCAAGGUGUUCGAAGCCGGAGUGAACAACUUCACAAACGAUUCAAGCGCUUGCUUCUCGUACAGUAAAUGUGAGAACUGCAUCACGAACGAGCACUGCGGUUUCUGUUAUAACCGGGACAGCCCAGAAAGCUCCGGAAGUUGUCUCCCGGCGGAGGCUGAUCAUCCGGAGCGCUACGCAAUCUUCUCCACCAACAUUUCCGGUAACCCAGUGACCUCGAGCUUCCGGUGUAACCAGUCGAACGUGUGGGACACACCGCGCAGUGAUAGGACGUAUUUCUGGGCAGACAGCUACUGUCCAACCGACUACAGCUGGAUGGCCGUACUUGGCCUCGCACUCUUCGUCAUGGGGUUUGCGCCAGGCCUGGGGCCGAUGCCAUGGACAAUCAACUCCGAGAUAUAUCCGUUGUGGGCGCGCAGUACGGGGACCUCCCUGGCCACUGCCACCAACUGGGUCUUCAAUCUAAUCGUCUCGCUCACCUUCCUCUCACUCCUUGAGAAUAUCGGCAAAUAUGGGACAUUCUGGCUGUACUUCGGUAUAUGCUUUCUGGGGCUGAUAUUCAUGUGCUUCAUGUUGCCGGAGACGAAAAAUAAGACACUGGAGCAGGUCCAAGAACUCUUCAUGUCGUCCGAAUACAAGGUUGACCUGGAACGCCGACGACAGGAACACAACAGACUGAAAAGGAUGGUGCACCCGACACACACUUUUAAGGCGCGUCAGCACACACGGUUAUGGGGCGCACAACAAACACUUUUGGGGCGCCCCAGCUGUAUUUAGGAUGCUGAUACCAGGGUGUUAUUUCAUCAACAAUCUUAGGAGCCAUAACGACUCAGGACAGAUUUUCUACAAUGCAUUACCUCUGUAGAAGACCCGUCCUUGGUACGAACUCGCUCCUCCGAUUUUUCGUGAAACGGGCCCAGGAAUAUAAGGGUUGUGAUGUCACAUUCAAUGAUUUGUCUUCGUUAAACUGGAUCUGAGUCUAUAAUAAACAUUUGUUGAAGAGUAAACAAUGUAAUAGUGUAUAUUUGCAUAUUAACGUAAUUUCCUUUAUAGAAAUAUAUGUUAAUAUACCUGAAUUAUAUAA